GCAUCAUGGCAGUAUAGUGUCCGAUGUUUCUCACAUAGCAAUUGACAUAUACUUGCACUAGGCAAGUAGUUAGUAAGGACGGUCAACAAUACACAAUGGCGAAAAUAAUUUUACUGUGGUUAUUAUUUGUUAUAUGUUCAAUUCACCGUACGUCGACUUUUUAUUUGCCGGGUUUAGCGCCCGUGAAUUAUUGCAAGCGAGGAGAAACUUCUGAAACGUGUAAAUCUGAAAUUAAACUAUACGUAAAUCGUUUAAAUACUGAGAAAUAUGUAAUACCAUAUGAAUACAGUCAUUUUGAUUUCAAAGUUGUUUUUGGAGAACGUAUAAGGCCUUCUCCUUAUAAGUUAGAGUUCAUGCACGAUGUUAAGUGUGGAUUUGUAUGUCAAAAAAUAUAUGAAGGAGGAGAUAAAGACUCUGAAAAGAAGUUGGAAUUUUUGAAAAAAGGAAUGGCAUUUAAUUAUCAACAUCAUUGGAUAGUUGAUAAUAUGCCUGUUACAUGGUGUUAUCAAUUAGAAGAUGAACGACAAUAUUGUAGCACAAGAUUUCCUAUGGGAUGCUUUUCUCGAGACCCAAGAUCUCCAAUGGACACUUGUAGUAUUAAUGGAGCAUAUAACAAAGCAAAAACUUAUUACCUAUUUAAUCAUGUAGACCUUACAAUCACGUAUCAUAGUGGUGUUAAAGAAGAAUGGGGAUCUGCAUUUAAGGAAAAUGGUGGACGUAUAAUAUCUGUUAAAGUGGUUCCCCGUAGUAUUAAACAUGGUAACACUCCUGAUUGUGAACUCAAAGCACCAUUAGAAAUACCACAUGAGGCACUUGCUACUGGUCGUCAAUUACUUAUUACUUACACAUACUCUGUAACAUUUACAGAAAACAGUACAAUCAAAUGGUCAUCCAGAUGGGAUUAUAUUUUAGAAUCUAUGCCUCAUACAAAUAUCCAAUGGUUCAGUAUUUUUAAUUCAUUAAUAAUUGUUUUAUUUCUUUCUGGAAUGGUGGCCAUGAUAUUACUUCGAACAUUGCACAAAGAUAUUGCAAGAUAUAAUCAGAUAGAAUCAGGAGAAGACGCACACGAAGAAUUUGGCUGGAAAUUAGUUCAUGGCGAUGUAUUUCGACCUCCUCGCAAAGGAAUGUUGCUAUCAGUUUUACUUGGCUCUGGUGUUCAAGUGUUCUAUAUGACACUUGUAACACUGGCAUUUGCUUGUUUGGGAUUUUUAUCUCCAGCAAAUAGAGGAGCUUUAAUGACCUGUGCCAUGGUUUCAUAUGUUUGUCUUGGAGCUACUGCUGGUUGUGUAUCUGCUAGAAUAUAUAAAAGCUUCGGUGGUGAAAAAUGGAAGUCGAACGUGCUACUUACAUCUAUGUUGAGUCCUGGAAUUGUAUUUAGUUUAUUCUUCAUAAUGAAUUUAAUAUUUUGGGCAAGUGAAAGUUCGGCUGCUGUACCAUUUAGCACUCUUAUUGCUCUCCUAGCACUUUGGUUUGGUGUGUCCCUACCAUUAACAUUUAUUGGUGCUUAUUUUGGAUUCAGAAAAAGGUCCUUGGAACAUCCGGUAAGAACCAAUCAAAUUCCUAGACAAAUACCAGAACAAUGUUUUUAUACUCAACCAAUACCUGGGAUAAUAAUGGGCGGAGUUCUACCUUUUGGAUGUAUAUUUAUACAAUUAUUCUUUAUACUUAAUUCUUUAUGGUCAAGUCAGGUGUAUUACAUGUUCGGAUUUCUUUUUUUGGUAUUUGUUAUACUCGUAAUUACAUGUUCAGAAACGACAAUUUUAUUAUGCUACUUUCAUCUUUGCGCAGAGGAUUAUCACUGGUGGUGGCGCAGUUUCCUAACAUCUGGAUUUACCGCAUUUUAUUUAUUAGUUUAUUGCAUACACUUCUUCAUGACUAAAUUGGAAAUAGAAGAUGCUACAUCUACGUUCCUCUACUUUGGCUAUACCUGUAUAAUGGUUUACUUAUUCUUUGUUUUAACAGGAUCAAUUGGUUUCUUCGCUUGUUUUUGGUUCGUGCGGAAGAUCUACAGUGUCGUGAAAGUCGACUAAUGUAUCAAAUGACACCUAUCUAAAUAAAAUGAAUGUGGUAUGAGUAAAUAAUAAGAAUGAAUGAUAAUUGAUACCAGCCUUAAAAAAAAAAAAAUAUUAGCAUAUGAAUAUCAAGCCUUUU